AUGAUUGAAUAUUACUUUCUAAGAGCUUUUUGUUUCGCUCUAUUGGGUGUAACACUUGUAUGGACCCAACGGCCCCCACAAACCGUUAACACCAAUAACAACAACAAUAACGCCAACAUUGACUACGAUGACGACAUAUCAGGAAUUCAGGCUCCCGGUUCCCGGGAUGUGCCUGUGUUUGUCAACGUUUAUACACACCCGAAAACCAAGUUCACCUGUGCAGACAAACAGGCCGGCCAGUACUACGCCGACCCGGAGACCAAGUGCGCCGUCUACUAUGUUUGCAUAGCUAACGAAAGAGGUGGUCUAAGUCCCCAGAGCUUUGCCUGUCCUAACGGCACAAUAUUUAGCCAAUCGACACGUGUGUGCGCGUCGCACGAGCAAGUCUAUUGUCAACUAUCGGAGCGAUUCUAUGAUGCCGUUCACGGAAAUAUCGACAGCAAAGGCCAGGAAGAACACUACCGACCGACGCCAUUACAGCCGUGGCGUAAACAGCAACAAAACGUCAGACCAGCCCAACCACCACCACCGGCACAUCCCAGUCCUCCUCAGGCAGCACCGCAACCUCAAUCGAGAUCGCCAGCGCCUCAGGUGAGACCACAGAUCCAAAGAGACCGGCUUCAACCCAUUAGACCUGCCAUACAGGCAACGCCUAACGCAGCACCAGCUGCUCCAACAUCUCUGACAUCCAGACGCAGUCAGUUUGUACCGCAACCACAACAACCUGUAGCAGCUCCCGUCACACCAGCACCGGCUGCCCCGCAACCGCAUUCUCCAGCACAACCGGCUGCGGCACCCGUAGAAUAUGAAUACGAAUAUGUUGACUAUCCGUUACCAAAUGAAACUUUGCCGGCACUUAAUCGACCUGUCAGUGGUGUCCAACCAGCUGCAGGAGCUGCUGGUGCCGCCCGUAGCAAACGUGACACUACAUCACCCGCCCGACGUAAAGGUCAACUUCCGUCGCCUUUUGACUUUCUAUCGGCUUCUCAUAUAAUAACAUCAUUCAACUGCGAGGACAAAGUGCCCGGCAUUGCAUACGCCGAUCCUGAAGCCGACUGUCGUAUGUUUCACGUAUGCAUUCCCCUAACAAAAGGAAAACUAAAAGACUAUCAGUUAUACUGUGACCCAAAUAAGGCGUUCAAUCAGCAAACAGGUAGCUGUCAGCCACUUGAAGGGGUCAAAUGUCAUAAAAGUCACAAAUUUUAUGUCUAUAAUAAAUGGUUUCGACCUCAUGAGUCCAGAAAAGACUCGUGGAGACACAUCAAGAAAAAUGCCAUCAAAAUUAAGUCAUAA